UAGAACGGCCGUUGGGGCUUGAAUUUUAUAACUUAUUUUAAUUUAAAAAUUUGUUAAAACUAAUUGUUAUUCACGAGUAAUCAAUUAUAUUAUAACUAGUGCAAUGAAACCUAUAUUAGUUAAUUUGAACAUAGGAGACCAAUUGACAGCUACAUCAUGCGGACAUAUCGUAGCAGAAUUAAUUAAAUUUAUUGCUCAUCAAAGACUACAAAUACCAUAUACCUAUAAAUGGUUGAAACAAGUGGUUAAUAAGAAAAAGAUGAAUGAAAAUGUUAACAAAAAAGACAGUUUGCAAUCUGAAAUGCAUUUUCGUUUAGUCUCCAGUGCUUUAGAAAACUUAGAUUUCAUUUUAAAGAGUCUGCUUCAAGAGAUAAAUGGUUCAAUGAUCCCAGAGGAAGUGUGCAUUGCCCUCGGGAGCACCCCUGUAACCUGCAAGGAAGUUUAUAGACUAUUGCUGCCCACUGUAUGCCACACGUCGCAGUGUCAUUCCAACCAUAUUGCAACAGACCAGAAAAUACAGAGAAGUGUCUUUAAAACAUUGGUGACAUCGGAAUUAAGUCAAGUGAUCUUCUCUCCCAUGACCCCAACUAACAUGUACAUCUUCAUAAGAAAGAAGCAAACAAAGGUCCCCGUGACCAGCGAUACCUUCAUACCAGCUCGCGGAUGCAGGCUCCCGAAGGACACCAAGAUUGUAGUUGUCGACUUUAGAACAGAGAAACAGGAUAAUCUCUCCUGUUGUAACGAUUUCCAGAUAUUCGGAGAAGUUAUUAGUGAAAGCAUGGUAAACUUACAAUUGGGUGAAGAAGCUAAUUUUAGUGAGAUUGAGUCCAGUGAAACUAUGGCCUGGUACCAGUCUUCGUAUGUAAUGAAGGGAUUUAAAGACUGCAUUGUCAAUGGGAGCUCAAUCACCAAUAUGUGGCUUGAGUCUUGAUAAAUAGACUGAUAUUAUUAUAGUAAUGGCCUUUAAUAUAUUCAUUUCUAAUUGAUACACACAUAUUGCAAAUUUUAAAGUUUAUAAAUUAUUGGCCAGUACUGAUACUAGGCAAUAAAUUCACUAUUAAUAAUAAUAAUAAUAAUUCAGCCUAUAUACGUCCCACUGCUGGGCACAGGCCUCCUCUCAUGCGCGAGAGGGCUCGGGCUAUAGUCCUCACGCUAGCCCAAUGCGGAUUGGGGACUUCACAUACACCUUUGAAUUUCUUCGCAGAUGUAUGCAGGUUUCCUCACGAUGUUUUCCUUCACCGAAAAGCUGGUGGUAAAUAUCAAAUGAUUUCACUAUUACAAUCUUAAAAUUAUAUAAAUGAAAUUAGUAAAAUUGUACUUAAUGAUUUAAUUAAUUAAAAACAUUCCACUAUUGUCACAGGAUUUGCACAAAAUAUUCUCAUGUUGCCAUAGCAUAAUUAUUAUACCAUAGCAUAGUUUGGUUUAGUAUAAAUAAGACUUUAGAUAGGUAAGUAUUUGACUACGUAAGUGACCCCACUGCUAAGUUAGUGACCUAUUGUGUUAUACGCCACUGUAUACGUUUUAAGUGCGUACCUAUUAAUACUAAAACAAUUUUGUUUUAUUGACUUUAUUGUAUUCAAUGUUAUUUUUUAUGUUACUUCAUUGAAAUAAACUGACGUAAAGACAUAGAAAAACA